GUUAGGAAUACAUCUCCAAAAAAAUUUAGAAUCGGACCUCUGCCGAAGUUUCAGUCAGCCUAGCGCCCUAGCCUCCUCUCUGAAUUCUUGGCGUCUUCCCCUUCCUACAAUCUAUAAAUACAGGCUCUUUAGCCUCCACAACUUCCAUCCAAAAAAGCAACACAGAUCACUCCCCUUCCUUCCCCAAAAUACACAUUGUGCCGUUCCUUCCUUGGCUAGCUUCUUGGCCUUCAGCCAUGGCCAGGGGAAGAGUAGCACGUGCCCUCUUGGGCCUUGCCUUGGUGCUCGCGGCCGCGGCGCAGACGGCGCGUGCGGCCGGCGGGCACGACUACGGCAAGGCGCUGAGCAAGAGCAUUCUCUACUUCGAGGCGCAGCGCUCCGGCCCGCUCCCCGGCAGCCAGAGGAUCUCCUGGCGCGCCAACUCCGGCCUGCUCGACGGGAAGGCCAACGGGGUGGAUCUUGUUGGGGGCUACUACGACGCCGGCGACAACGUCAAGUUCGGCCUGCCGAUGGCGUUCACGGUGACCAUGAUGUCGUGGAGCGUGCUCGAGUACGGCGAGCAGAUGGCGGCGGCCGGCGAGCUUGGGCACGCCGUGGAGGCCGUCAAGUGGGGCACGGACUACUUCGUCAAGGCGCACCCGGAGCCCAACGUGCUCUACGGAGAGGUCGGCGACGGUGACUCCGACCACAACUGCUGGCAGCGGCCGGAGGACAUGACGACGAGCCGUCAGGCGUACCGGCUUGACCCUCAGCACCCCGGGUCCGAACUCGCCGGGGAAACUGCCGCGGCAAUGGCCGCAGCUUCACUCGUGUUCCGCAGAUCCAACCCGAGCUACGCAGGCCAACUGCUACAGCACUCUAAGCAGUUGUUUGAUUUCGCCGACAAGUACCGGGGAAGGUACGACAGCAGCAUUGCUGUUGUGCGCAACUAUUAUGCCUCAUCCAGCGGAUACGGGGAUGAGCUACUGUGGGCGGCGGCGUGGCUGUACCAGGCGACCGACGACCGGCGGUACCUGGACUACCUGACCACCAACGCCGACGAGCUGGGCGGCACAGGCUGGUCGAUCAACCAGUUCGGCUGGGACGUCAAGUACGUCGGCGUGCAGGUCCUGGCAGCCAAGAUCCUCUUGCAGGGCAAGGCCGGCGCGCACGCCGACGUGCUGCGGAGGUACCAGCAGAAGGCGGACCUCUUCGCGUGCUCGUGCCUCGGCAAGGGCGGCGCCAACAACGUCCGGAGGACGCCUGGUGGCAUGAUGUACCACCAGAGCUGGAACAACAUCCAGUUCGUGACGGGCGCGUCGUUCCUGCUGGCGGCGUACUCCGACCAACUCGCCGCCGCUCAGCGCGCCGUGCAGUGCCCGUCCGGCUCCGCGCAGCCGUCGGAGCUCCUGGCGUUCGCCAAGUCUCAGGUGGACUACAUCCUGGGGAGCAACCCGAGGGCGACGAGCUACAUGGUCGGGUACGGCGCGACGUACCCGCAGCAGGCACACCACCGUGGCUCGUCCAUCGUGUCCAUCAAGGCCAGCCCCUCGUUCGUGAGCUGCCGGGACGGCUACUCGACCUGGUACGGCCGCCAGGGCAGCAACCCGAACCUGCUUGAGGGCGCCACAGUUGGCGGCCCGGACGAGUACGACAAUUUCGCCGACGAGAGGAACAACUACGAGCAGACGGAGGCCACUACCUACAACAACGCGCCGCUGAUGGGCGUGCUCGCUCGACUGGCCGCCGGUCACGGAGGCCGGUUUGGUCAGUCACUCGCCGAUGGGGUUGCUGCAACAGCCAUCAAGAGUGACAACCAGACUUCACUGCCAUCUCCUUCUCUCGCUGCUGAACACGACUCGCCCAUUGAGAUUGUGCAGAACGCGACGACAUCAUGGACUCAGAGAGGCAAGACGUACCACCGGUACUCGGUGACGGUGACCAACAGGUCCGGCAAGACGGUCCAUGAGCUCCACAUCGGCAUCUCCAAGCUCUACGGCCAGGUGUGGGGGCUCGACAAGGCGCGGUACGGCUACGUGUUCCCCAGCUGGCACAAGGCACUACCCGCCGGCGAGAGCGCCGCGUUUGUGUACACCCAGGCUGCGCCGCCGGCGGACGUCUGGGUCACCGGCUACAAGCUCGUCUAGAAUGGCACUUCGUUGCUAUGAACUUAUCAUGUACUGAUUAGUAGUGUCCCGCUGUGUGUGGAAGGAUUUGAAGCUUGUUAGGUUACAAGAGGGACAAAGAGUGAUGGGGCUAGUUACAAUCUCGGUCAUCCUCAUCGUUCCUUCCGCUAAGCUAUGUGGUAGCUAGUGUUUGCUUGUAUGGUGUUAAAAUAGUAAUAUGAAUGGUAUGGUUGUGCCAUAGGCUACAACAUAUUGGAAUCUAUAUAAUUGAAAAUCCAAAUAGA